AGUGGGGGUGUAACAGCUGGAGAGUAAAUUCUUUGAGCCCAGCCCACUAGAUACCACAAUACCAGGGUAGGAGCGAGCGAGGGAGUGAGUUAAAUGACUGUGUGUUGAGAGCUCUGCAAUCAUCCAGAGACAAGCACAGCUGAUGUGUGGAUUACCACAGCAUUUCUCACUGGAGCUGUUUUUGGAAAAUGGUGGGCUUUCUUCUUCUUCAGCUGUUGAAGCCGCGAUGGAGCAUCUGGUGAGUGAGCUGAACAUGCUGCUGAAGCUGCUGGACCAUGAGAGUGUGAGCAAGGCCACAACGGAGAAGAUGAGCGCGGUCCGGAGCCUGCUGGGGCAGCUGCAGCCGUCAGUGAAUGGAUCAGACUUCGUAUACAUGAACACUUCCCUUUACGGAAAUGGCACCAGCUUUGUGGAAUCCCUGUUUGAGGAAUUUGACCUGAAUGAGCUCAGAGCCUCCCCAGAAGAACUGAAGGAACCAGCAGAGGAGGAAACCCCCAAAAUACCGCCCUCUAAAAGUCCCACUGAAACCCCUCCUCCUCUGCCAACCACCCCUCCCCCAGAGGACUAUUAUGAGGAGGCAGUACCCCUGGAUCCAGGCACGGUGACCCAAUACAUCACCACCAACAUCACCAAACGCAUCAGCGCAAGUCCCCCAAAUUCCAUUGAAGAUGCAUAUUAUGAGGAUGCUGACAAUAAUUACCCCAUCACCCAAAUCAAUGGCCCGCACAAGAACUCAUACGCUGAUUCAGACGCGCUGAGCAGCUCCUAUGAAUCGUAUGAUGAGGAGGAUGAGGAGGCGAAGGGCCAGGGCAGGACUAGUCAGAGGUGGCAGUCAGAGGAGAACUCUGUGGGGCCGAUGAAGGAUUGUCGUAUCUGUGCCUUUCUGCUGCGCAAGAAACGCUUCGGCCAAUGGGCCAAACAGUUGACAGUCGUCCGUGACAACAGAUUACAGUGCUACAAGAGCAUUAAAGACAGAAGCCCACACAUUGAGCUGCCGCUGAACCUGUGUAACGUCAUCUACAUCCCCAAAGAGGCGCGCCGCAAGAAGCACGAGCUGCGUUUCUCCCUGCCUGGUGGAGAGGCCUUGGUGCUGGCUGUCCAGAGCAAGGAGCAGGCGGAGCGAUGGCUCACAGUGAUCCGGGAGGUGGCCAGUCAAGCCACCAGCGGUGAAGGAUUAGAGGGCUCAUCCUCUCCUAUGAUCCAGAGGAAGAUAGAGCUGGACAAGUUACUAGGAGCUGACAAGCACACUGUAGUGUUGGUUGACAAGCACACCUCUGACUCUGACAGCGUGGCCACAGGUGACAACCUGUCCUCUGGUCAGCUCCGUGACAACUGUGAAGGGAAGGGGAAGAGGGGGGCGUUUUCAGAGCUGACGGGGUCUAUGAGCAGAGCGGCUGGACGGAAGAUCAACAGGAUCGUCAGUUUCUCUAAGAAGAAGCCUCCUCUCCCAGGAGACACUCUGUCCUCCUACCACCAUGACGACAACCCCCGCUGUGGUUAUCUAAAUCUACUGCUGAGCCAGUGUUGGAGGGAGAGAUGGUGCUGUGUGAGGAGUGGAACACUGUACCUUCACAAAGACCGGGGCGACCUGGGUACUCACGUCAGAGCUGUGGUCCUCCAUGGGUCUGAGGUCAUACCUGGAGUAGGGCCCAAGCACCCCUUCGCCUUCCGCAUCCUGCAAGGAGGCAACGAGGUGGCUGCCUUGGAGGCCAGCUGUUCAGAAGAGAUGGGCCGCUGGCUGGGGGUUUUGCUGGCAGAGUCUGGCUGUGCCACCAGCCCUGAGGCUUUGCACUAUGACUAUGUAGACGUGGACACCAUCACUAGCAUCACAGAUGCAGCAAGACACUCCUUCCUAUGGGCUACCUCCUCCAGCAGCGCCUCGACAGACUCCAGAACGUAUGACGAGGUUCCUUAUGAGAGCAUAUUGCAGCCAGAGGAGCAGGUGCCCAGACCAGGAGCUCAGGUGAAACACCACUCUUCUUUCUCUAGCAGCAGAGAGACUGAGAAGGUGGACUCCCUAGUCACCAUAAAGAGACACUGUUCCAGUAAGUCUCCAGAAGAUGCGAAUAAGCAUGUAUCAGGGAAGUAUGGUAAAACACGAGCAGAGGACGAUGCCAGGAGGUACCUGAAGGAGAAAGACGAGAUGGAGAAGGCGCGAGAGGUCCUCAAAAGUGCCCUGCUUGUAUUACGCAAUGAGAGGAAAGAGGUGAAGGAACAACUGAAGGACGCUACAGGUAAGCAGCAGAAGCAGCUGGAGAAGCGUUUUGCCCAGCUGGAGGAGAACUGCAGGGGGAAGGAGGGGGAGCGGGUGGACCUGGAGCUGCGUCUCACUGAGGUGAAGGAGAAUCUAAAGAAGUCGCUGGCUGGAGGGGUGCUGGGGCCACCUACAGAGAGCAAACCCCCCAGAAAGGUCCAGAUCAGUAAAGUUGAUCAUCUAUACAGCGAGGCAUCCAUGCCAGUAAACUGUGCUGCUGAGAUGCGGAAGCGUCCCCUAUCCAUCUAUGCAUCUAGCAGAGGAAAUGUCAUGCAGAAAGCCAAGGAAUGGGAGUCGAAGAAGGGGACUUAGAAAGACGAUGCUCAUGCAGAUGGACAGUCUUAUACUUGUCUUGGAACAUGUUGGAGCUGAUUUGAAAGAGAGGAGAGUGGGUGAAGCAGGCACUCCAUUCUCAACUUUUCCACUCCCCUCUUGAGAGCUCAACGUUUACUGCACAUCGCUGAGCUGGGAAACGUGUGACUGGGGAAGACGAGACACUGAAUCUCCUGGAAUUGUUGUAGAACCUCACUCAAAGCCCUAUUUCACUAGGAAACGCAGAAUUCUGUGGCAUGACACUUGUUUUGUGAUUCAGUAAUCACUUGUGUUGCAUGUGGUACUGUUGUUCCUUCAGACAGACACAUCUAAGGGCUGGACUUGAGAUGUUGAGAGCUGAGUGGUUUGCAGAGGUUGAAUAUGCAUACUCACAUUAUGCACAUAUCUGCACGAAAGAAUAAUAAAGGGAAAUAGAACGUAUCGAUUGUGAGUUUGUUGUUGGAAUAGUAGCCUAAAGGAGAUGCUGAAGUACAGUUCUAUGUUGUAACCUCUAUGAAAGUAACUUCAGAACACGUACAGUAAGCUGGUCAGAGAGGGAGAGGAAACGACUGUUCAUGUAUAUGAAACAUUAUUUCAGAUCUCGAUUUAACAAUUUGGUGCAGCUGGACAACAGACAGAAAAAAACUAUAGAAUGACACCUGUAUAAAACCAAAUAGUUAUUGUAAUGUGAGACUAAUGACUAAACAAAGACGUUUCCUUAUUACAUAAUUCACUGACUGUUUCUCAGUGUAAUGAGCCUUUUACUUUUAAUUACUUUUGCACUUUAUGUUAUUUUUAUUGUACAUAAAAGCUGUUCAUUGAUAUUGUCUGUCUUUUUCAUCAGAGAGCGAGAUAAUAUACACCUGGCCAUCAAAUAUUAAUAAAACCAUUUUAAAUGUG